AUGGAAAAGGCCAUCAUCCCUACCGACGAUGAUUCCAGGGAUAACCCUUCUUCGCAAGAGGCCUUACCGGCGUUAACAUUGGCAGGAGCCUCAUCACCUCUGGGUGUCCUCGAUCUUGUCACCACUGCCGAAACGCAUCAUCCUAUCCACUGGCCAGUAUGGAAGAAAUGGUUUAUCACAAUUGUGUACUGUGCACUGCAGACUGCGAUCGCGCUUCUGUCGUCUUCGUACAUCAGCGCGGAAACGCCGCUGCAAGCCAAAUUUGGCGGCUCAACCCAGGUCAUUGCAUUGGGACAAUCGCUAUUCAUUGUAGGUACGGCUGUUGGGCCGUCUUUCUUAGGGCCACUGAGUGAUAUUGGGGGAAGGAAAUGGGUUUAUGUGGCAAGUAUCUUUGUCUAUGGAUUAUGCCAGAUCGGCUGUUCUCUGGCCUUAAACCUACCCAUGGUGAUUAUAUUCAUGUUCUUUUCCGGGGUAGCAGGAAGCACGGCGCUAUGUAAUGUCGCGGGCACAAUCACAGAUCUAUUUGGCAAUGCCGAUAAUGCCGGUCAGCCCAUGGGGUUAUUCGUCAUGUCUGCAAAUACAGGGCCUAGUAUUGGUAGCGUCAUUGGAGAGUGGAUUGCUGACAAUCCACAUAUGGGGUUGAAUUGGGUUUUUUGGAUCAACGUUAUACUCGCUGGAGCAUUCUCAGCCGGCAUGGCCUGCGUGCCUGAGACACUUCCUCGAGUGGUGAUUGCUCGCGCUGCCCAGGGUACUCAGAAACACGAUACGCAAGAAGAACAAGAAGCUCAAUUAGCUUCGUCUGCGGCCGAGAAGAUGAUCGCCCAGUCGAAAGUCGACAUUUUCAAAGAAAUACGAUUUGUAACGACAAUGACUUUCCGAAUCAUGUUCACCGAGCCUAUCGUUACAUUUCUAGGCUUGUUUAAUGGCUUUAUCUAUGGACUAUUGUUCUUGUAUCUGGACGGAAUUUUCGACGUUUUUGUCGUUAAUAAUGACCUCUCAAUAAUCGGAGCAGACCUUACAUACCUUAAUGUCGUUGUUGGAGUCGUCAUCAUGUUUGUGAUCUUCGUCCCAAUCCAGACAGUAUUUUAUACCCGUGACAGGCGAAAUAAUGGUGGAGUUGCACGACCUGAAGCCCGGUUCUUAGUCUCUCUUGUCACUGUUUGGGGAUUUCCAAUCUCCUUGUUCUGGUUCGCAUUCACAUCAAAGGGAAAUGUGUCUUAUUGGUCGCCAAUCAUUGCCGGCGGCCUCCUCAACGUCGUUGACCCAAUACUCUGGCUGAGUAUGCUGAAUUAUCUCACUGACAGUUAUCCGAACGUAGCCGCAAGCGCAGUGGCAGCGUUUCUAAUCCCCAGCUUUCUGGUUGCAGCGGGAUGUGUUCAUAUUGGGAUUGUUAUGUUUGAUAACUUGAGCACGCAAUGGUCAUUUGCGGUUUUGGCAUUUGUAUCUCUUCUUGUGGUAGCAUGGGUGUAUUUGUUGUAUUUCUGGGGACCCCAGCUUAGAAAGAGGUCUAAGCUGGCUAAAAAUCCUAGUUAA